AUGACAAGAACAUUAACCGCAGGGAGCACAACGACUCCAGAACAAAUUAGACUUAGGAAACAAGCCAAACGAGGUAUUAAUUUCAAUAUUCUCAUUGCUGGCGAAAAUGAUUUAGGCAAGAAAACAUUCAUCAAUUCGUUAUGCGAUCGAGAAUGCUACAACCUUGACAAGUGGCAAUCUAAUAGCCAAGCUGGAUCUAAAUCUGAUUUCUCAAUUAAUACAGAUUUAUUUGAAUAUUCUCCAGAAGGUUGCAUUCCUAUCAAAUUAAGAGUGUUUCUUACCCAUAAUUGUGGGUUCAGCUUAAAGAGAAACAAUACCCCUGAUGAGAUAAAGGAAUUCAUUGAAAAGCAAUAUCGAACUGUACUUGAUGAAGAAUUAAAGGUUAAUAGAAAUCCCAAUAUCGAUGAUACUAGAAUUCACGUUGCCUUAUAUUUCAUUCAUGCAGCUAUUAAAGGAUUAUCUACAUUUGACAUAUGUAUGAUGAAGACUAUUGGUGAAAGAGUCAACUUGAUACCUGUUAUUGCCAAGUCGGAUGGAUUAACUUUUUCUGAACUAUACAAGGUCAAAGAAGUGGUCAUUAAAGAUAUCACGGAACACAAAAUUAAGAUUUUCAACUUCUUGGAAGGUGAUGAUGAAGCAAAAAUAAUUCCGGAAUUGGAAUCGACAGAAUAUGAAUAUCUUUCAAAAUUGCAAAAAUCGAUUCCUUUUGCAAUCAUUGGGUCAAAUACAGUUGGUACCGGUAAAUUAACCCGAACCAAUAAAGCUGGCACCAUUAAUAUAGAAGAUGAAACUUUAUGUGACUUCAAAUUAGUUAAAAAUAUACUCUUCGGGUCCCAUUUACAAGAGUUAAAGGAUAUAACUGUUCAAAAAUUAUAUGAACAGUUCAGAAUUGAGGAGUUGCUGAAAGGUUAAAUUUCUUAUCUUGCUAGUUUGAAUUAGCUCUAUUAUUUCUGUUUUAUUAGGUUAUAAAUAUAAAAUUAUCUCUAUUGCUCAACAGGUUUAGAUAACGUCCCCAUUUUUGUAUUGCUUGCCCUUAACGAAUUCCAAACCUUCACCGCCAUAACUAGUCAAAGUAUCAACUUCAACGAAUGCACCAUUUUCAAUCAAACCUCCAUUUUCCUUGACCCACCUAGUACCACGGGCAAGAUAAUCUUGUCUACAAGUGGUUGGAGUAUCAUUCUUGGCCCCAUCGGCAUUUUUUAAUGGAGAAAACUCAUCAAUUCUUUCAACUUCCAUACAUCCAAACUUUUGCAAUUCAACCGAUGGGAAAACAUCAAAGAUAAAUUGUUCCAAUUUGAUACCGUUUGGUUCGGUUGGCUUGUAAAAUUCCUUGGUUUCAGGAUUAAUGCUGGCAAUUUUCUUCUUGGCGAUAUGGAAUGGCAAGAAUUCUUGAGAAGAAGUCCAUUGAGGAACCAUCUUCUUUAAGAAAUCAACAGAAUAGUAAUGGUUGACAAUAUUGGCAGCACGCAAGAAUAAUUUGCUUGGAUCAUUUGGUUCAGUCUUGUUGGCCAAUUCUGAAGAAAUUUCACUAUAUUCAAUAACACAUGGUUUCUUGAUAUCGUCAUCCAAAACAAUUAAACCGACGCUUUCAUUGGCAUCUCUCUUUCUUACUACUUUGGUAGCUAAAUCAAACUCUUUGUCAAUGGCAAAUCCAAUGAAAAUUGGAUCAGCAACUUUAACCAAACAGUUGUCAACACAAUACAUGUGGAUGUGCUUGAUUCCCUUGGCAAUUAUAUCAUCUAAAGUACCAUUUAUUUGAAGGGCCUUGUAUAACCCACCAUUUCCAUCUGGAGAUUCACAAUACUUGUUUGGAGAUUCCAAUAAAAUCUUGGAACCAUCCAAAUUGAAACAUGGUAAAGUACCUUGAUCGAAGAAUGCAAUUUGAUCAACCAAUAAUCCAAAAUUGUUAUUGGACUUGAAAAAUGCUUCAAUGGACUUUCUAGUAGCGUCACUGGUCAUGAUGUACCAAUAAAUCUUUGGGGUUUGAGAUAACUGUAACUUUUCCUUAGUAACUUGUUGAAUCUUUAAAAUCUUUUCAGCUUGGAUUUGAAAUAAUGAUUUGGAACUAGGUAAUUUGAUAUCAAAACAACCUUUUGGAUUGGAGGAUCCCAAACGUGUUCCUUGACCACCAGACAUCAACAAUACACCAACUUCACCAUUGGCGAUAGCUUGAUAACCUAAAUCGGACCAUUUUUCCUUCAAUUCGGCUUCAAGAUCAGAAACAGAUGCAGUUUGUUGAGGAGGCAAUUGAGUGAAAUUUCUUGAACUUGAGUUUGAUGAAGAAAAUUUAAUAGCUGAUUCAACAGUGUUGACCAAUUCCGAAGGAUUUUCAAUCUUGGAAAGUUGUUUAAUAUAUUCUUGUUGCUGGUCAAUAGUCAAGCUAUCGUAAAAUUCAAACAACUGGUCUUGACCGGCGGUUUUAAAUGAUUCUAUUAUAUGGUUUUGAGAUGGUACAGUCAUUAUAACUUAUUCGAGUGUUGUCUAUAUAGAUAUGGUUGGUUUGUGUACGCGUAUUUGGUGAAUUGAUCUAACGAUACAGUUAAAGUUUUCUUUGAUAUGAAACGGCAAAAAAAUAUAAACUUAAUGGGGAUAUAUUAAAAAAAAACAAAAACCACAAUAUGAUUUAGGAAUUCCCCGAUAUUAUAUAUACUCUCAGACUAAGUUUAGAUUCGUUGAGUUAUUUCCGGUUAGUUGCAAAUAAAAAUGUGUUGGAAACAAAGACAGAAAUUCUAAAAAAAAAAAGAAACUGCCAUGUUUUGCUGUGUGUUGAUUUAGUGCCAAAAAUUUUUUUUUCUUUUUUUGGCCUGGGCCCCAGUGCCUGCUUCUAUUUUUAACCGUAUGAAUUUUGAAUUUGUACCAUUAGCUACAACCAGUUUGAAACGAGAAUUAGGCGUAACAAAUUGCACGAUUUACCACAAAGUUGCUUUUUAGUUUCCAUUUUCAUUAAAUCACGUAUCUCCUUUUUUUUUAGGAGGGGGAGGAGAUAUUUGUUUGUCUCGGUGUUAACCCGUGUUUAGCUUCCGGAUAGAGCGAGAGCAAACUUCACUGACGUAAAGUACACAUUCGAUUUUGCGUCUGUGUAGUUUUAUUUUUGCUUAAUUCACCUGAUGGUAGUCUGGGGGAUCGCGGAACUGCGGUUAAGAAAUUCUUAAUCUCUUGGAACCGCGGAAACGAAAGAGGGACCAGGACGCAGGACAAGGUCACAUUUCUACAAACUAGAACAUUACUUAAGCAAUGUGUCAAGUUACAUAAUUUUCUUGUGUGAUAAUUUAAUAUAGAUUCAGCCUCCUUCGAUUAAUAGACCUCUUAUUGAUUCUUACCGGUCUCUUGUUUCAGAAUUGCCCCUUCUGGAAAAUCAUAACAACACAAAAGUUACAAAAAAAUAUUUUGUCCUACACUUACCAUUUCAUAAUUGUGAUUUAGUGGGAUUUUUUUAGUGGCUAAAUCAUCCAAUAAUACAAGACACAUUGAUCUGAAUGCAGUUUCAAGUUACUGCAUAUUUCAUUAUGGUGAUAAUAGGCGCACAGCAUGGUAUUUCUAUAUUUAGAAAAAUCUUGGUUUGAGAAUUACACCUACAAUUUAGCCGAAACGGGACGUGAUUAUUUUUUUUUUUUAAUUUCCAGGAACAGCUUUUGUUUUACACGAGCCUUUUUUGGAUUUAUCCUUUGUUGUGUGAGUUUGAGUUUUUGCAGCUGUUUAUCAAUGAUGUGUUGAAUUAAUGACGACUUACAAGAAUAAGUCUUGCAAUAAUCUAAUUAAAUUUAGUUUACUAUUUUUUAAAACAAUAGAGAAGACUCGUAGUAAAUUGAUAGGUUCUUGUUUUUUAUUUACGAAACUUUA